CCUCGGGAAGCUAAGACAGCCGGGCUAGGGCGAGAGGGGUCGGGGGUGGAGACUGCCGGCGGCGAUUGGCAGCUGCCAGUCAAUCGUUACAGCGUCUAAGAGAUUGAGGAGGUGGAGCGAGGGGAAGCCAUCCAGGCCCCAGAAGGAGCUUGCGAUGGACGAAGAGGGAGGACCCAAGCCCGCUGGCCCACCCACAAGGAAGAAAUUCCUCAUUCCUAUGGACGAGGAUGUGGUCCCUCCUCCUGGGGCCAAGCCUUUAUUCAGAUCCACACGGAGCCUGCCCACCGUGGAGACCUCACCCCCGCCAGGCCCUCAGACCUAUGCUGAGUAUGCCCUCUCUGGACCUCCAGGUGGGGCUGAAGCCACACGCCCGGUGGGGCCAGAACCCCUGGCAGGAGAGACCCCCAACCAGGCCCCCAAACCAGGAGCAAAAUCCAAUAGCAUCAUUGUGAGCCCCCGGCAGAGGGGCAACCCUGUGCUGAGAUUCGUGCGCAACGUGCCCUGGGAGUUUGGGGAUGUGCUCCCUGACUAUGUGCUGGGCCAGAGCACCUGUGCCCUCUUCCUCAGCCUCCGCUACCACAACCUCCACCCAGACUACAUCCACCAGCGGCUACAGAGCCUGGGAAAGAGCUACGCCCUGCGGGUCCUGCUCGUCCAGGUGGAUGUGAAAGAUCCUCAGAAGGCCCUCAAGGAGCUGGCUAAGAUGUGCAUCCUGGCCGACUGCACCCUGAUCCUUGCCUGGAGCCCCGAGGAGGCCGGGCGGUACCUGGAGACUUACAAGGCCUAUGAGCAGAAGCCGGCCGAUCUCCUGAUGGAGAAGCUGGAGCAGGACUUCGUUUCCCGGGUGACUGAAUGUCUGACCACCGUCAAGUCAGUCAACAAAACGGACAGUCAGACCCUCCUGACUACUUUCGGGUCUCUGGAACAGCUCAUAGCUGCAUCCCGGGAAGAUCUGUCCUUGUGCCCAGGUCUGGGACCCCAGAAGGCCCGAAGGCUGUUUGAUGUCUUCCAUGAGCCCUUCUUGAAAGUGCCCCACUGACCCCAGAUGCCAAGGAGGUCCUUGGUGUAAUAAUAAAGCACUUUUUUCUGGCGCAG